CAAUUCACAUUCUCCAAUCCCACCUUCAAAAUGCCCGAAGCCACAAAGCCCAUAUUGAAAUUCCUUUAUUUUAGACUUUCCGACAUUUAUGAUCGUCUCCAAAAACCUUCCUUAAACCCCUCAACUUCUUCAUCGUCUUCUAACCUCCAACCAUUCAUUCUCAAACCCAGUCAAUCUCUUCCGAUUUCGAUUCUGAUUCUGAUUCAUGUCAAACCCCCUAAAGCUUUUGAAAGCCAAUGCUUCUAACCCGAAACUCUGGAUCCUGAUCGGGGUCGGCGUAGCUGGAGUCGUAAUUUUAGCAGAGACACGAAGGAGGGGAAGAAAUGGCAAAGUUUUGCAGGGAGAGGACUUUGGUGCUUUCAUCCAGCGUUUUGAGCUUCGACCUUUCCCUCAGCCUCCGCCCCCUGCCGCCAGACAGCCUCUCGCUGGCCUCACUUUCGCCGUCAAGGAUGUAUUUGACGUGAAGGACUAUGUGACGGGGUUUGGCAAUCCGGACUGGAAGAGAACUCAUGAUGUUGCUGAGAAGACUGAUGAGGUGGUAACUCUUCUGCUCAAGAAUGGGGCUGCUUGUGUUGGGAAGACUGUUAUGGAUGAACUGGGUUUUGGGAUUACUGGGGAUAACAAGCAAUAUGGAACUCCUACCAAUCCAAAGUUGUCAUCAUUUGUACCUGGAGGUUCUUCUAGUGGGUCUGCUGUGGCUGUUGCAGGAGAGCUUGUUGACUUUGCUCUUGGCACUGAUACGGUUGGUUGCAUCAGAAUUCCAGCUUCCUUUUGUGGUAUACUUGCAUUUCGGCCCUCACAUGGAGUUGUACCAAUGAAUAGAGUUUUGUCGAAUUCCCCGAGCUUGGAUACUGUUGGAUGGUUUGCUCGUGAUCCAUCUACUCUGCAUCGGGUUGGGCAUGUUCUACUUAAACUGAAUUCAGUAGAACCUCGGAGGAUGCGCCGCUUUGUUUUUGCUGAUGAUCUAUUUCAGCUUUCAAAAGUUCCUUUGCAAAAGACUGUUCAUGUUGUUGAAAAAGCAAUAGAAAAUUUAUCUGGUUAUCAGUCUCCAAAACACAUGAACUUUGGCCAGUACCUGGCUUCUAAUGUCCCCAGUCUGAAAGGGUUCCUUGAUCAAUCAUCAAAAUUGCAAAAAGGAAUUACUAUUUUAAAAGCUCUCUCUUCUGUUAUGAUUUUAUUACAGAGAUGUGAAUUUAAAAUAAAUCACGAAGAAUGGAUUAAGUCAGUCAAACCCAAGUUAGGAUCUAAUGCAUCUGAAGAUGUUCUUGCAGCAAUUAAAACAUCUUAUGAUGAUAUAAAAACUCUAUACAAAGUCAGAAUGGAGACGAGAAUUGCACUUAAAAGUUUAUUAAAGGAUGAUGGGAUAUUAGUAAUUCCUACAGUUGCGGACCCCCCACCAAAGUUUAGUACAAAGAAGGGAAUUGCUUCUGAGUUUCGUGAUAGGACAUUUGCUUUAUCAAGCAUUUCAAGCAUGUCUGGUUGCUGUGAAGUUGCUGUUCCGCUGGGAAAGCAGGACGACUGCCCCAUCUCAGUUUCACUCAUAACAUUUCAUGGUGCCGAUAAGUUUCUUCUGGACACUGUCCUGGAUAUUUUCUCAGCUCUUCAAGAGCAAGUUGGCAUUGCUUCUAACAAUUUAUUGCCAUUUGCUGAUACCAAUGGGGACAUGGAUGCCUCUGAACUAUUGAAAGAAAAGGGCAAUGCAGCUUUUAAAGGAAGGCAGUGGAAUAAAGCUGUUAGUUACUACGCAGAUGCUAUUAAAUUAAAUGGGACAAAUGCAACUUAUUAUUGCAACCGAGCUGCCGCUUACUUAGAGUUAGGCUGCUUUCAACAAGCUGAAGAUGACUGCAGCAAAGCCAUAUUACUUGAUAAGAAGAAUGUGAAGGCAUAUCUCAGACGGGGAACUGCCAGAGAGUCUCUUCUUCUCUAUAAAGAAGCCAUCAAAGAUUUCAAGCAUGCUCUUGUUCUCGAACCGCAGAAUAAAGUUGCAAAUCUUGCUGAAAAGCGAUUACAAAAACUGAUCAGUUGAGGAUGCAACUCUUGUAUGGAAAACGAAAAAUAAAACCCAAAUGAUACGACUCCAAGAUAAGAAGAAAAUAUAAAAAUAAAAAGAACAAAAGCCAAGGUGAUAGAGGCAUUGUAAUUGUGAUUUGUGGAAUGAAAGUAAAGGGUAGAGUUGGAAACGAGUCAGAGCCUAGCGGCUGCUCUGCCAAUUUUGUUGGUAUAUAUGAAACUGUAAUCAGCCUUAUUUUGGCACAAGACCUUGUGGAAUUCUUAACCUUUUGACCGUCCGGAAUUUCAAUUGGGAUUCUGGGUGCUUCUUUAGCGUUGUGAAAUAUUUUCUUUUCA